AUGUCUGUCGCGUCUGCGUUAAAGGGCGACUCUGCCCAGCAAGCUCGCACUCUGUAUCGCCAGCUGCUCCGGCAAGGUAACCAAUUCAACGCCUACAACUUUCGCGAGUACGCCAAGCGCCGGACGCGAGACGCUUUCCGCGAGAAUGUUUCUGUCAAGGACCCCCAGGAGAUCAGCCAGCUCCUCGCCAAGGCUCGUGAAGAGCUCGAGGUCGUGAAGAGGCAGACCAUCAUCAGCCAGUUCUUCAAGUCGAACCCGCUCGUUCUAGAGAGCCCUGCUACAAGGGGCGCAAAGGCGGCAGCGGAGAAACUGGAGCCUUUUGGCACCAAGAUGACUUGA